CGCCGUUAGCGUUUCCAUAUCUAGAACAUGUGCGUCUACCCGUAGCCUCAUAAUACGUAUAAACAUACGUAUUUUCAAUAGCAUUUAAUACGACAUUUGUCAUUAUAAAUUUAAUAAGAGCUGAUCCUUUCUCCAUCUUUAUUCCAUUUUUCUCGAUCGGUGGUGUUUGAGCUUUGAGCCAAGAGAUCGUAUCAGGAGAAAAAGAUAGAAAAUUAGAUGGAGGUCAUGGUGGGUUCUCCGUUUGGAAUCGGCAUGGAGGCGUGCGUUAGAGAUCGGACCGGUGUCUCGGCGCAGGAUAAGACCGUACCGGCGGCGGCUCUGUUUUCGGCAGAUGAACCUGGACGAGGUGGAUCACCGAUCGGGUUUGCUAGUCGGAUCGGAUUGAGGAUGAAUAGAAAAUCGCCGGAGGAAUCAUCGGAGGAUAGUUCGUCGUCGAUCGGAGAGUGCAGCGAAAACGAGGAGGAAGAAGAAGACGACGCCGUUUCAUUCCAGAGAGGAGGAGGAGGAGGAACACUUGUUUCGUUUACUUCCUCUUUAGAAGACUCUCUGCCGAUUAAGAGAGGAUUAUCAAACCAUUACGUAGGGAAAUCAAAAUCUUUUGGUAACUUAAUGGAACAGACGAACAUCAACGCAAAAGAUCUUGAGAAAGGAGAGAAUCCAUUCAACAAGAGGAGGAGAUUGCUUAUUGCUAAUAAGCUGAGAAGUAGAGGAAGAUCCAUGUCAGUUUCGAAUUUCUAUUCUUGGCAAAACCCUAAUUCUGUGUCGUUACUUGCAGUCCAAGAACACAAUGAAGUGAAUCAUCAUAAUGAUGAUGACUAUCAGAAAAAUGAAGAUGGUGAUCAAACUAUAAAGUUGUUGGAGAAGAGGAAUAUGUUGAUGAAAAAUAAGAGAGAUUUGAUGGCUCAGACUCAAAGUUGUUUCUGCCUUAGUAGUUUGCAAGAAGAAGAAGAAGAUGAUGAUGAUGAUUAUGAGGGUGGAGUUGAUAAUGAGUGAUUAAUCAGUAACAUGGUUUAGUGAUACUUGUUCUUCAAUUUGUUCUUCUCUUGUGAAUUUUAUUAGAGGAAGUUUCGGUGGUCACACAAGUGGUCGAAGAGUUGAUUUGUUAGAAUAUUAUUAUUUAAUAUUUAUUAGUAGACUUUUUCCUA